AUGCCCAACUCCUGCUCACCCAACAUGGCCGACAAGAAGACACAGUGUGACCACGAGAAUGAGGUCCGAUCGUGGGGCUUUGAGCACGUCUUUACAUGGUCCGACCGCCCCAAUGCCCACUACCCACCGCACUCUCAUGCAGGCGUGACAACACACCUCAUCCUCAAGGGUCAGUUGACCAUCACCUAUCCCAAGGAUGAGAACCCUAUCCGGCAGACACUUGGUGUGGGCGAGCGGUGGGACGUCGAUGCGGACAAGGUACAUGAGGUCUGGGUGGGAGCGGAGGGCUGUACCUAUGUUAUUGGAGAGUGA